AUGUUUAAAAAUAUUAGUAAAGAAAAAUUAAAUGAAUUAAAAGAACAAGGAAUAGAUUGGGCAUUUGGUAAUGGCUUUACAAUGAUCAAAAGACCAACCGAAGAGGAGGUUAAAAAAGACAUUGUCACUAUCACACAUGUUCCAUUUUCAUUAUAUCCAAGUGCAAUGAAUAAGAAAUUAUUUGAAGAGGCUGUAAAUUUAUCACAAGAUUAUAAUAUAUUAGUGCAUAAUGUCAGUAAAGAUUUUGAUUUUCUUCAAAAUACAUUAAAAGAUGUUCAAGAUGAUUUUACUCAAAAAUUAUUAGAAAUUCAUAGACAAGUAAAUAAAGAAGGUAUUAAACAAAAGAAAUCAUUGGGUGUUUUUAGAUCAGAUUAUAUGCUUCACGACAGUGACAAAACACAGGAACCAAGAAUUUAUCAAGUCGAGUUAAAUACAAUCUCUUCAUCAUUAGCAGUUUUAUCAACCAAAAUAUUUGAAUUACACAAACACCUAAUUGGUAGAAACGAUUUAAAUAAAGAAGGAUAUAAUUUAGAAAAUCAUCCAGAUAAUAAGAGUUCAUAUGAAAUUGUAGAAGGUUUGGCAACUGCUCAUCAAUUAUAUAAUAAGGCAGAUUCAGUUGUAAUGAUGAUCAUUCAAGAUGGUGAAAAGAACAUUUUCGAUCAAAAAGGACUCGAGUGGAUAUUAUGGGAUAAAUAUAAAAUUAAAUUAAUUAGACGUACAUUAAAAGAAAUUAAUGAAAGAGCAGUAGUAAACAAUUCAGAUUUUACUUUAUCAAUUGAUGGAUAUGAAAUUUCAGUAUCAUAUUAUAGAUCAGGAUACACACCAAACGACUAUCCAUCUGAAGUAGAAUGGAGUGGCAGAUUAUUAGUCGAAAGAUCAUCUUCAAUUAAAUGCCCAACUAUUGCACAUCAUUUAGUUGGUGUUAAAAAGAUUCAACAAGUUUUAGCAAAACCAGGAGUACUCGAGAAAUUCAUUACCAAUAAAGAAUCAUUCGAUAGAUUAAAGAGAUCAUUUACAGGUUUAUACAGUCUUUCAAAAGAAGAUAUCGAUCAAGAAGUCGUUAAAAAAGCUAUUGCUAAUCCAAAUCUUUACGUUAUGAAACCACAAAGAGAAGGUGGUGGCAACAAUAUUUACAACGAAGAUGUCGCUAAAGAACUUCAAUCAAUGACUCCUGAUCAACUUUCAUCAUACAUUUUAAUGGAUAAAAUCGUAUCAACUUCAUUCAAGACCCAUGUAGUUCGUGAUCGUCAAUUAUUAGAAAUUGAUGCUCUUUAUGAAUUGGGUAUUUAUAGUGUCUUCAUUAGUGAUGAAUCCGAUAACUCUAAAGACCAAGUUGUAGUAAAUAAAAAUGCCGGUAUUUUACUUCGUACCAAGACCUCUCAUUCAAAUGAAGUUGGUGUUGCUGCUGGUUUUGGUUUAUUAGAUUCUCCAAUUCUCUAUUAA